UUUAGAUGAUGUCAUGGGAUUUGAAGACCGAGAUGAAAGGGAUAGACUGUAACCCCUGGCGCUGAGAAGUACUUCACACAGUCACAAACACUCCACAGCCUAGCGAUCAGACCCAGAUAAAACAUCACACUGCGCAGGAAGUCUGGCAGAGCUCGCUCGCUUUUUUUCCCCCCGGACUGCUGGAUGCAAGAAAAGCAAUCGGAUCUGAAAAAAGGUUUUCGAGGUAGACACCACAUUAAAGAGAGAGUGCAACCCAUCGCGAUCUACUUUUUGGUAGGAGAGCCGAGGCAUAUCUCAGUGCAUAUUCUUGAUGCGGCACGAAGAACAGUCGGGAUGGACCACAAACAUAAAGGCAUUUUGCUACACCUGCUGAUCGCUUUGUUUUGUCUGGUACUAGGAACUGCAGGCGAAACGGGAGACUGUCAGGAGCAGGAGUACAGGGACGAGGCUGGGAACUGUGUGGCCUGCAAACAGUGUGGUCCAGGGCAAGAACUCUCAAAGGAAUGCGGGUUUGGAUAUGGGGAUGAUGGACAGUGCGUGACCUGCAGGCCAAGCAGGUUCAAGGAAGACUGGGGUUUUCAGAAGUGUAAGCCAUGCUUGGACUGUGCUUUCGUUAAUCGCAUUCAGAAGGCCAACUGCACAGCCACCAGUAAUGCAGUAUGUGGAGAGUGCUUGACAGGGUUUUACAGAAAGACUAAACUGGGUGGUUUUCAAGAAAUGGAGUGCAUACCAUGUGGGGAUCCACCUCCUCCUUACGAGCCUCAUUGUAGUGCUAGAGUGAACCUGGUGAAAAUCUCAUCAACGUCCUCCAGUCCUCGGGACACGGCAUUGGCUGCAGUGAUCUGCAGUGCUUUGGCCAUGGUCCUGCUCGCUCUCCUUAUCCUCUGCAUCAUCUACUGCAAGAAACAAUUUAUGGAGAAGAAUCCCAACUGGUCAAUGAGGCUACAGGAUGCUCAGUUCAAUAGAGCUGAACUAUCUUCACUUGACAGGCAGAGGAUUAAUCUGAGUCCACACCGAGCUUGUGCCUACUGUCAGCAAAGUCCAGCACAGACCUGUGGUCCUGUUCACCUGGUUCCGUCUUGUUGCUUUGAUGACACCUGCAGUCUGGAGUACAGUAGUGAAAGCUCUUUCCCUCCAAGUGCGUCAGAGCAUCUGAAAAGGAACAAGGACUGUGGUCGCGAUGUACUGCCUUCUCUCCUUGACAUCUUUACACCCUCUUUUGAUAGUGAUGUCUCAGAAGCUUGGCCUCUGAUGCGAGAUUCCAACUGUAGCAACACCGCUUCUUCUUGUGAGUCUCUGCACCCCUCAGACAUUGAAACUUCUCCCGAACACAUCACUGCCUGUAGCCCUAACUUAGAAGCCUCGAUAAUCCUGCCUUCAGAUACGUGUCCAAAGGAAGGGGAGCCAUCUGAGUCGCUUUGUCUGCAGUCCUUUCCAGUUGAGACGGAAGAAGCUAAUGUAGAGGGCAAAAAGCAAGAAGGUUCUGAACAUCUCGAAGAUCUCCCAACAGCAAACUAUGGAGGUGAAGAGCAGAGCCAAAUGCAGUGCAGUGUGGAGCAAGUUCCAAAGGAAGAUAGAGGGAACUCUUUGUAGAAUAUGACUUGAUCAUGCCGGAGGAGCAUUGCAGUUUUCAUCCUUCUAAAGCUGAGGAAUAUCCCACCAAGGCACGAAAUCUCAGGAUAUUGAGUUUUCCAGCUGAACAAUGGCAAAUCAUGUAAUACUUCAGUGUUUUCAGCACAGACAGAAACCACAACCUAUUAAAUAUAUGCUUCAGCUUAAGCAACAAUAUACAUUUCUGAUUUACUAUUAACUUUUUUUAUGUGAACCAUUUGGCACGUUGUUCAAAGCUCGCGGAAGGAAUGUUUAAGGCUGCAAAGGUGACGAUAAAGAACUGUCAAAACAUCUUUGUACUCAGCCUGCUAAAGGGUUUCUGAAGACAAGUGAUGAGUGAUCCACGGUUCGGACAGCAACCAGUGAGAUAAAGAUUGCAGCAUUAACCACUGUAGUCACUUAUACUACCUGCUGAGGAUUAUAGACAGUGUUCUUCCAAUUGGUUUUGAUUUAUUAGGUAUCCAGAUAUAAAUCUUUGCUAUUAAAGUUUUAGAAAAUGCAGUUGUACACUUUAAUGUUUUUUUAGAAAAUUGCUACUGUACAUUGUACAGAAUAUUUCUUAAGUAUUAAUAUUCUCAAAUGAAGAAGAUAGCCAUUUGCAUUGUUUUUCACCUCUGUCAUUUGACUGCUAGUGUGCUCUGAAGGAAAUAAUUCAGCAAAAUAACUGGCAUUAAGAAUGAUGUGUGUAACCUUCUUACUGAAGGAAUCAAGAUUGGUUGAGUAGCUGGUAGUGGACUAUAUAUUGGAAGAUAGUGACUCUAAGUAUUGGAAGAAGGUGGGGAAGGAAUUGAAUGAUCUUUUACUCAUUAGUGCAUGCUGAGAGUGGCCAAAAGAUGUCUGUUUCUCAUGCAAUGUUCCAGUUCUUGUCAAAGGAUUGGAAAACUUUCAGUUGGAACAUUUUACUUCAGCAAUGAUAAUUCUGUUUAUAAAUGCAAGAUGAACAUUGGCAUUCAUAGACGAGAUGUUAAAACUUGGUUAAAAUAGUAGUUAAAGUACUUCUGUGUAGAGUAGAUUUCAAGGUAUGUUUUUUCAGCUAAGACUACGAACUCAAUAAAA